AUGGCCACACAAUCAAAAGAAUUUUAUUACUUAGAUGUAUCAACCAAUUUUAAAAUAAAUGGUAUAAUACCUUGGGUUGAUCUUAGUUCAUCAUCAAUUCUUCCACCCCAUUCUUGGAGUGCAUUUUCUCUUUGCGGACCUGAUAAUAAUACAUUGGUAAUGUUUGGUGGUGAUUUUGGUAUUACGAAUCCUACAAACUUAGUUUUCACUUAUAAUUUAAAAACAUUACAAUGGAGCAAUCCAACUACUACGGGUUAUUUGCCUACACCUCGAGGACAUCAUUCUUCUGUUCUAAACGGCCGUAUUAUUGUAUACGGAGGUUAUAUUGAUCGAGGUACAUUGGUUCCAGUUCUAGACGAUCUUGUGGUGUUAGAUACUGGAGGAACGGUUUUUACUUGGUCACAAGCGAAUGUUUCUACACUUUCACCUCCUUCACGUUGUUAUCAUUCAGCUACUUUGGUUGAUCAUUAUAUGAUUGUAAUUUUUGGAAGAAACAAUCUUUAUCUACCAUCACCGACAAUGAAUGAAGUAUAUAUUUUAGAUACAAGUGACAAAUUUGAUUAUAAAUGGGUUAUUGAAUAUAAACCUGAUGGAUCUGUAACAACAAUGGAUCCUGCUCAAACUACUACUACUAACACUAACGUUGACACUAAUAUAGCAUUAAUAGCAUCGACCGCAGUUUUAGCAUUUUUAUUUGUUUUAGCCAUCGGCUUAUUAAUUUUCUUUAGUUAUAAAAGAAAACGAAAUAUUUUAUUGAUACCUGGUUCUGAAAAAUAA